CAAAUGAGAUUAUAUUUAUUUACGUGGUUACUUUAUAAUUUAGGUUGUUACUUGUAUAUCAUAACACAACCAUGAAGGAACCGAAGCAGACUCCCAUAAAGGACCUGGCCGAGUUACGCGCGUACUUCGCGUCGCACAACGCCGUCCGCGAGUACGUCGCGCACUCGUCCAAGGUGCACUCGGUGGGCUGGUCAUGCGACGGCCGCAAGCUCGCCUCGGGCUCCUUCGACAAGACCGUCGCCAUCUUCAAUCUCGAGCGGAACCGACUGGUGCAAGAGUUUGUGUUCCGAGGGCACACUGGCUCAGUGGACCAGCUGUGCUGGCAUGCAUCACACGCGGACUUGCUCAGCACGGCCAGCGGGGACAAGUCCGUGCGCAUCUGGGACACCAGAUCUCGCAAGUGUGCGGCCGUAAUCCCGACGAAGGGCGAGAACAUCAACAUCGCGUGGGCCCCGAACGGCGCCGCCAUCGCCGUCGGCAACAAGGAGGACUUGGUGUCGUUCAUAGACACGCGCACCUACAAAGUGGUGACAGAGGAACAAUUCCACUUCGAAGUGAACGAGAUCUCGUGGAACAACAGCUCGGACCUGUUCUACCUGACCAACGGGCUGGGCUGCGUGCACAUCCUGUCCUACCCGGGACUCGAACUGCAGACCGUGCUCAAGGCGCACCCGGGCACGUGUAUAUGUAUAGAGCACGACCCGACGGGGCGGUACUUCGCGACGGGGUCGGCUGACGCGUUGGUCUCGCUGUGGGAUGCUCAAGAAUUGGCCGCGCUUAGAGUGUUUUCCAGACUGGAGUGGCCGGUGCGUACACUAUCGUUCAGUUUCGACGGGCGCCUGCUGGCGUCGGCCAGCGAGGACCACGUCAUAGACAUCGGGGACACGGAGACAGGAGAGAAAGUAGCAGAAAUCCCCGUAUCGGCAGCCACAUUCACUGUUUCCUGGCACCCGAGCCGGUACCUGGCCGCCUUCGCCUGCGAGGACAAGGAGCCCCCGGAGAGGAAGAGGGACGCCGGCAACCUCAAGCUGUGGGGGCUGCCCAACCAGGACCGCAACUAGCUGUGCCCGCUCACCUGCUACUACACCACCCCGAGAGGAACGACGACAGCACUGCGGGCUGAACGAGGACUGCAACUAGAGCACUGUGGCUGGCUCCCCGCUGCUGAGCCACCUCCACCUGCAUAAAGGGGCCAUCCCGAGAGGAAUUGAAACGAGUCUUUGGCUAAACCUCUCCAACUCCUCGAAUUAUGGAGGCUACCUUCAAACCUGGACCAAUAGAGCGUCAGUAGAACUACUUUUCUCCCGGUUUGUCCAUUUUGAAACAAAUGACGAUUGCAUCCUACAGAAAAAAAAAACAUAUUAGCUCCAGGUCCAGGUUGCCAUGAUUGAUGCCCUAUCUCUGACAAGAACGGCUACUUGGUCUGGAGUCUGGAAUGGAACCCAAAAGUGACUUUUUGUAAAUAUUAUUGUGAUAUGACGUUUUAAAUGUAACAAAUGAGACAA